AGGUUGUUAUAUGUCUGUGCUGCCUCAGCUGCAGGUAAUCUGGUAAUCAGCUGUGGGACUAGGGUUUCCCCACUCCUUACCUGACCAAUACAGGCGGCAGAACCAGGGAUGUCUAAAAGAAUUCCAGGAAAUGGUUCCUUUGCUCGGCACAGUCAGCAAUAUAUCCUUGUUCUCUGUACUUCUCAUGGAUAGAACCGGACUCACCUGGGAAUCUUCUAAUAGGCCAGAAAGGAAAUCCACAUAAGUAGCCGGAGCCCUGACCUUCCUGCUCCGCUGCUUGGAAAGUAAAUAUGCUCUAAACCCACACCCACUCACUUCCCAACUGGAGCCGGAGAGGGAAGGAGAAGCCAACGCGCUCGAGAGCCUUUCGCUGCUGAUUGACGGAGACCCGGUUCUAGAGAGAAAUAGCAGCAGAACAAUCCCGGAUAAUCAGCGGAGAAGUGAGGGAACGUAUCAGAGAACACGUGGCACUUGGUAAGGACGUGAUCUGCAGGAGUCACCAUGAUAGCCAGUCACAGGGCUUUGCACCCAGCGCGCUGCUUUUGGGGUUCUACGGUGGAAUGCGUCUCCGUCGGGCAGGCUGAGGGGCAAACCGAAAGGCGUUCCAACAUGUCUUCUCUGGAUUAGUGGCUCUCGUCAGGCUGGAAGGGCCAAUGGAUGGAAGGUUGCACUGAUAGCCAUCACCUUUUAGUUGGUUGAGCCAUAAAAGAUUUGAAAAGAAGAAGAGAACUGACCCCCGUAGUAGAGGUUUGGCCACCAUCCUGGAUAUCAGUUGACCAUGAGGUGGCAUCUCUUGCUGCUUCUUGUGAUCUGCCUAGAUCUUGUAGGCUUCCUGGACCAUUGUGAAGCUGCGGCAAAGACGAAAGGUAACAAAAAUGCAGGACCUGCCAAAAAAACUGCCAACCCCCCCAAAGGGAAGGACGCCAACAAUACAGCCGUGCCUCCGGUGGUCACCACCAGAAGGGUGAAAGCUCCCGUCGCCGUCGCCUAUGACAAAUGCAUGGGCUACUACGAUGUCAGCGGCCAGUGGGACAAAGAGUUCGACUGUAACCACACCGCGUACCGGUACUGCUGUGGGACAUGCUCAUUCCGAUUCUGCUGUGAUACAAAAAGCAAGAGGCUGGAUCAGGUGUCGUGCAAGAAGCCCGUAUGGACGGCCACCACCAGCACCAAUGUCAUCGACUUGGUGGAGGUGGACGCUUACGACCCUCUCAACGACAAGACCAACACAACUGUAUACAUCACCUGCGGGGUCAUCGCUUUCAUUUUCAUCGUGGGGGUCUGUGCCAAAAUAGCCUACGACAAGGCGAGAGGUCCUCCCCGGGAAAUGAACAUACACAGGGCUUUGGCGGAUAUUUUGAUACAACAAGGGCCGAUCCCCAUACCGCACUGCGAGAGAGAGGCCAUUUCCGCCGUCGAUAACUCCCCCAAGGAGAACACGCCCGUCAGGACCUCAAAAAAUCACUACACGCCAGUUAGGACUUCUAAGGCCAACCACGGAACAGCCUCGCGGCGUUUCUCCGACGUUCCCACGAGCAUGGAGCCGCCGGGCCACCUCAACACCAUAGCAGGACAUUACACGAAGGAUAUAUAUCGGAGCGGGGGUCCUGAUCUUCACAAUUUUAUCUCCUCUGGCUUUGUGACUUUAGGACGAGGACAUCUCAAGGCCGGACCCCAAAACUUCACCCACUGGAGCCCCGACGUCAUCAGAAGCUGCAAGAGAGAAAAGCGGAAGAAUCAGGAAGGAGCGGGGGAUCACCAGCAAAACUACAAUCACCUUGUUCUGAACAGUUCGUCCCAGACCCCCACUAACGAGAAACCUCGGAUGAACAACAUCCUGACCUCUGCCACCGAGCCAUACGACCUGUCCUUCUCCAGAUCGUUCCAGAACCUCUCCCAUCUCCCCCCCUCCUACGAGUCGGCCGUCAAGACCAAUCCAAGUAAAUAUUCUUCCCUGAAGAAAUUGACCGAUAAAGAGGCCGAUGAAUAUUACAUGAGGAGACGGCAUCUUCCCGAUCUGGCAGCCAGGGGGACCCUUCCCCUUAACGUUAUUAAGAUGACUCAGGAUCAGCCCAACUACCGCGAGCGGCCAAGACGGCCCGUGCGUGCAAUGUCUCAGGACAGGGUUCUGUCUCCUGAAAGGAACAUGCCUGAGGAAGGAUACGGGAUGCCCUACGACCGAAUCCUUUCAGACGAGCAGCUCUUAUCUGCCGAACGCCUUCAUUCCCAAGAUCCUCUGCUUUCACCCGACAAGGCGAUGACGCUUAAGAGGUCGGAUUUUCAAGAAAAAUCCAUGUCAAGAGCCAUCUCCCAAACCGAUGUCUUUGUUUCGACUCCCGUCCUGGAUCGCUAUAGGAUGACAAAGAUGCACUCUCAUCCCAGUGCCUCAAAUAACUUGUAUAAUACAUUGGGGGUGAACCAAACGGCGGCCAAGCGGCAGGCCUUCGCGUCCCGCCGGCACAACACGGUGGAGCAGCUCCAUUAUAUUCCAGGACACCACCAACAGUACCGCACAGCCAGCAAAACAGAAGUGACUGUUUGAUAGGACAUUGCGGACAUAGACUCAAGAAGUCCCUGGACAACACAUGCCAGUGGCCUUGUAGGCCAAGAAGACCUCUUAUGUCCCAUUGGUCAUUCCACGUUCAUUCCUUAUUGUAUUUUUAUUAUCGAAAGAGAACCCCCCAUGGGAUUUUUUGAAGAGAACGCCUUCACCGGUCAUAAAUCGGACAAUAAAAAAGGCUCAGAUGUUUUUGUUUUUUUUAACCCUUAUCAUUCAAGGGCUCUACCUGCAUUGACUGUUGUUGGUCUGAGCAGUAAAUACCAACCGGCUACAGAACAAAAAAAUCCAUUCCUUGCAGGUUACUACAGAAAAAAACACAAGUGCCCAGAAGAAGUUCACGUUCAUCAACAGUAACAUUUAGCCGAAAACCUUCAAACUCUCAAUGGCCUCUGGACAAAACCUGGAGCCCACCUCCCACCCAUGUCAACUCUUUGAUUAUUUAUGUCUCUUAGCAUUUCUUUUUUUUUUCUUUACCCAAAGGAGACCCUGUACUAUCAGCAUUUUUCCCUCGGAGGUCCUAAACGCUCAACGUUGUGGUCAAGGUGGUCAACGUAGGGUCCGCGUGAGAAAAGAAAAUAUACUAGUGCCUAUUAAUCGUCUUUAAUGUAGGAAUUAGUGUGUGUUUCUCAAUAAGCACAAUACUACUGAUCCAUCUCGUCGUACUUUUGCUCCGUUUUUACAGAAACCUGAGUUGUAAAUAGACGUUGUUAGUAAAUAGGGAAACACAAAGAGUUCUCAAUGUUGCAGAGAAGCUUGUUGCCAAUAUACAAACAAGUCACGUGAUGCCAUGUUGCACAUACUAUACGCCAUCCAUCCUUGCAGCCAUUUCAUAUUAGCUUUUUAUAUUUUGCUCCAUAUUUGCCACCCCUAGUGCAGAAGAACCCUAUCAAAUGCCUCUGUCGGAGGUCUGGAUCGAAGGGAUCUUUGCCCCCACCACUCAGAUCUAGGACUUGUUUUGCAGUUGUCACCUUUCUAUUACCCUCAUUCAUGGUUCUCUCAAGCUUUAGUGAUGGCCCAACCAUUGCUAGUUGCACCUACUCCUACGUACAAGUCGUACCUGUAAGCCCCUCCUACAUACAAGUCACAUGUAAGUCCCUCCUACAUACAAGUCGUAGUUUUUCAUCACAUGGACCUAUCUUGUUUGACAUGGAUUCAUUUUCGAUCUUUGUUACUGUGAGAUGAGUUGAGCCCCCAAAUCCAUGCUGUGUUUGAUAGUUCUAUGUUCCGGAUUGUUACUGAUACAUAUAGUUGUAAAUUCCUGUCUGAAGAACGUAGUUGGAAUUUCCAAAAAUGCUUCUUCCUUGACCGGACAUCUGUUUCUCAGGUGAGUAAUGUUCGUUAAGUAUUUACCCAGGACUUUCAAAACCAAAAAAAAAAUAUUUGCCAUGGGUCAUCUGUAGACCUCUUGUGUCGUAUAUAUAUAUCUAUAUAUUGAGCUUUAUAUAGUGGAACUACUCACUGAGCAGAGGCAGGGCUUGGUGUAACUGUCAUCUAGUUCUAAGAUAGUGGACAUAUUGGACACGUAGGUCAUUCUGUCCUGGGGAGUCAAGUCGUUUGUGCUGCUGGAGGUUGGGCGGCCCAUUGAGUGUUUUGUUCGGUUCUUGUCCAUAAACGAUAUCCGCCCUUCUGAUACCUUACUCAGCGUGAUGUAGUGAAUAUUGUUUGGUGCUGUGCUUAUCUCAGUAAGUGUAAGCCCUGGCGUUGAGUAUCUGCUACAUGAACUACAGCCCAACCCCAAGUAAUGGUGACUAGUGAUGGGCGAAAUGUUUCGGCAGGCAUGGAUUCGCUACAAAUUUCAGCGUUUCUCCGUUGGUGGAUUGUUUAGCGAAACGGAUGAAAAAAUUUGCAGUGCGUCCAAAAAUUGUCGCAAAAAUAGUCACGCAUCCAAAAAUUGUCAA